AUGAAGUGGAGUCUGCCGAAUUCUGGUCGAAUAAAACUUAACACAGAUGCGGCUUUCGAUGAAAAAAAUAACAAGAUGGGAUUCGACUGGAUUUUACGAGAUGACGAAGGACAAUUUUUAGCGGCUAAAGGUAUGUGUAUCUCGGGUCUAUACAGUGUUAAAGAGGCUGAGGCAGUAUGCAUUCGGGAGGCCCUUAGUUGGUUGAAAGGUACAAGCAUGGGGGAUGUUGACAUUGAGACAGACUCCCAAUUAGUCUAUUUUGCUUUACGUUCAAACUCUUUUAUUUCUUCUUUUGGUUUUAUUAUUGAUGAUAUUAAAGAAGUUGCAUCCACGAUUGAUGGUGUACACUUCUGUUUUGCUAAGCGAUCUGCGAAUCGUACUGCCCACACUGUUGCUCGGGAAGCCGUUUCUGUGUUAGGUUGCGGGGAGUGGUUUAACAAUCCUCCUCAAUUUCUUGUUGAUUGUUUUCAUCUUGAUUCAAUGCGUUAA